UAUAAGCUGUUCUAAACAUGCAUCACAGAUAGGAGAGAUAUGAUGGAGUACUUCUGGAGGAGAGAUAUGCUACUUGUUCUGGGUUUAAGCCAACUGCUGUGUUUUUCUACUUCACUACUACUGGCACAUGCAGCAGCAACGCAAGUCACUUAUGACAAUGGCCAACUUCUGAUCAAUGGACAACCCAGAAUUCUGUUUUCCGGUUCCAUCCAUUACCCACGCAGCACUGUUUCUACAUUGAUUCAUCAGAUGUGGCCAGACCUUAUCCAGAAAGCAAAGGAGGGUGGAAUCGAUGUAAUUGAGACUUACAUUUUCUGGGAUGUCCAUGAGCCCCAUCAUCGCCAGUACAAUUUCGAGGGAAACCUAGACUUCAUCAGAUUCUUCAAGGCAGUGCAACAAGCAGGGUUAUACGGCAUUCUUCGCAUUGGUCCUUAUGUCUGUGCCGAAUGGAACUAUGGGUAAUUCAUUUAAGGGAUUAACUAUGACACUCGAAGGUUAAUGGCGUAUUAAAUAAGGGAGAAGGAAGGAUCCUGCUUGGGUUCCCCACCCCCAAACACAUGGAGAAGUGGAGGCGAGCAGUGAAAAGACGCCCUUCAUCCGCCCCUACAUCACCAUGUAUCUAGGCAUAAAAUGCAAGCGGGUAACAUUCCUUUCUCCAAUAAAUAAGUUUCAACGCGGACUUUAAAAUGUAGGACCCAUACUCAUAAGCUGAGCAACACAGUCAUCCAAGUUUUCUCAUAUUAAAAAUAAAAAUGAAUAGGUUACAGGUUUAAUGUCCAGUCAUACUUAGAUGGAUAUGGAGAACAAAAGAACAAUCCCAAGCAACACCCACCUUAGGCAUUGCCAUCAGCAUGGAUGAUGGGAAAACGUUAUCCAGAGAUACCAUUGCCACCUUCGAUAUUGCCAUUAACAGCCACUCUAACCGGGGGAUCCAAAAGAGACCUAGUGCCUAAACCUGUAU